AUGCCUUCUCAAAAUCAUAAUCGUGAAGUUAUUAUUAAACUUUCUAUCACUAGAACCCAUAAUACCCCUCCUGAUUCCACAACCACCACCACAACACCUACCACCACCACCAAUCGUAUUGAAAAAACUAUCUGUGUUAGAAGGGAAUUAUUCACUAAAAUCAAAUCUAAACCAGCUUUAACUGAAUUCUUAAAUAAACAAUUACCUGGUUAUUUAUCUAAUGAUGAUAAUUAUCUUGUUUAUACUCGUAAAUCAAAACGGAAUAAAGAUUUUGUUUCAUUACUAACUGAUGACGAUUUUAAAUCCCUUGCCAGAAGUUUGAAAGUUAAAAAUCAUGUCAAAUUAAAUGUUAUUGAUACUUCAACACCUCCUAAAGUGAAUAAUACUAACCAGGAGAACAAUAACAAUAACAAUAACAACAACAAGAACAACAACCAACAAUAUGGUUAUACUUAUACUGGUACCACAUACAAAUCAGGUAAAUCACCAUCGAUUGAUUUUGGUAAUUUACGUGAUGCUUUGAUUGAUGCUGCAUAUGAUCAUUUUAAAGAAAUCUUUAAUGAAUUCUCUAAUGGAUUGAAAAAAGAAAUGGCUUCAACAACAACAACAACAGCUACCACUUCCACGUCCAAUACUAAAGAAUCACCUCCAGCCCCUAUUUCAACUCCAGCUGAACCUGUUGUUGAAGAACCUAAGGUUGAAACCAAAACUGAAACUGAAUCAAAGGCUGAACCUGAAGUUGAAACUGAUUCAUCUCCUAUUCAUCCAAAUAUUUGUUGUGAUGUCUGUCAUCCUUAUGAUUUUGUCCCACUUAAAGGUAUUAGAUAUAAUUGUCUUGUUUGUUCAAAUUUUGAUUUAUGUUCAAAAUGUGAAGCUAAACAACACAUUGAAAAACUUGAAUUUGGAUCACAUUCAUAUUUACAUCCAAUGGCUAAGAUUAGUUAUCCAACCAUGUCCAGUACCAGUACCAGAGCUGGUUUUGGUCAUGGCAACCACUUUAGUAGAGUUGGUAACAAUUGUGGAUUUGCUAGUACUGGUGGUAUUGGUGGUAUUGGUGGUGGUCGCGGACACGGACACCACCAUCAACAACAAUGGACAGCAAACGAUAUUGUAUAUGAUAUCCCAUUAGAGAAUUGUAAUGCUGAUACUAAACGUAAAUUGGAAGAAUUAUUAAAACUGAAAGGUUUUGAAAGAUUUAUUAAAGAUGUUGAACAUUAUAUUUCCAAUUCAGAACGUUAUGAAAAAUUAUGUGCUAUGAUGGAUUUUGAAGAAGAAGAAGAUGAAGAAGUUAAAUAUCUUAUCUUAAUGAGUGCUCUUGAAUAUGCAAAUAAUGAAUUUAAUGAAGAAGAAUUAAUUGCUUCAUUUAAUCAAUCUACUACUACUACUGAUAAAGAACUGGAAGAGUUGACAUCACUGGAACCACCACAAGAACAACAACAACAACAACAACAACAACAGCAACAACCUGAAUCUGAAUCUGAAUCUGAAUCUGGUGUACUUAACGCUGAAGGAGAUGUUAUUGCUAGACCUAAAAAUUUUGGUGGUAAUGUUUCUCAAAUUAUUUCUUUACAAUUGAUUAACAAUACUAAUGAAACAAUUCAAGGUGGUGAAUUAUUAUUUGAAUUUUUCAAUCAAGAUCAAACUAUCCCCGUUACAGUUAAAAAUGCUAGUGAUAUUAAACCGGGAAGAGUUAAAUAUUAUCAUUUAGGUAAAAUCCCUGAAGAUUUUAAAAAGACCGAUGAUAAUAAUAAUAAUAAUAAUAAUAAUAAUAAUAAUAAUAAUAAUGUACAGUUGAGAAUUACGUCACCUAAUGCAGUAUUAUUAGGUGAUUAUAAAUUCAAUAAUGAUUCAAUGUUAAAAUUGCAAGUAAUUAAAACUGGAUCCAAUUCAACCACUACUACUUCUGUAAUCAGUGGUUCAACUUUACAACAACAAGAAGAAGAAGAAGACUUAUUAGUUUUACAACCAAAUGAUGAAGUUCAAGUCACUUUAGUUCCUAAAUCAAGUACUUUAGCUCAAGCUAUCAUUACUAAUAAAUCCCAUAAAGCAAUUGAUUGUAAUAAUUUAAAACUUGAAAUUAUCAAUUGUUUUGAUAAACCAGUUUCAUCAAUUACUAUCCAUAAAAAACAUAGUAUUAUGCCGGGGAAAACUGCUAAAUUUAAUUUCACUUUAAUUAAUACUCAUACAAAAUAUCCAUUUAAAUUUAUUUUACAAAAUGAUUAUAAUAUUGCUAGUUGUGAUAUGACUAAAGAUGAUAUGUCAGGUAAUUUAGUAUUUGAAGAGAAUUGUUGUCCUAUGGAAAUUGAUGAAAGAGAAACUAAUUCCCCUUCCUCUUGUUCUUCUUCUUCUGGUACAGAAUCGAUUAUCGAUGAUGAUGAUGAUGAUGAUGAUGAUGAUGAUGAUGAUGAUGAUAAUAAGAAUAAUGAAGAAGAAGAAGAAGAAAUGGGUGGUACAUCUGGUGAAUUUUCUUCAGGUUCAAUUCAUUCAAUUGUUUUACCAUCACUUCCAAAAGAAAGUUUUAUUGCCACUUCACGUUAUUUCGAUGCUAAUAGUGAUGUAACAAAUGAACAAGGUGUUAAAGAUAAGGACAUCCCAAUAAACGCCGAUGUUGAUGCCGAUGUUGAUGUCGAGGCCGAGGCCAGUACUGAUGAAGAUUAUGAUAUUAUUAGUGGUGCAGAAGAAGAAGAUCCAGUAUCUGAUUUUGAAGUUUUAUCAGCUGUCAGUACUAAUAAUCAAUAA